AUGAAACCACAAACACUGCAGAUGCCUCCGGCUGCGACUGGUCUACAGGCAGUUGCCGGUGCGUCCAUUGGAAGUUCAGUCGACAGAUCUUCCGCUAUAUUUAUGCCAAAGACCCUGAAUAGGCGAAACCUAAAAAAACUGACUCUCGACGCGCCCAGCUCAUCUGCUGCCCCAGCGGGCAUUGAUCUUAGAGACCCCGAUAGAAAAGCGUCCGCGGAUGAGUUGAUAUCACAUCUGCAGAAUCUUGAGCUGGGAUUGGAAUAUCAGAUUACGAUGCGUGUGGAGGAUCUUGUCACUUUGAAGAAGCUGGGUGCAGGCAACUCUGGAACUGUUUCCAAAGUGCUGCACAUCCCCUCGAAAAAGAUCAUGGCAAGGAAGGUGAUACAUAUCGAGACAAAGGAGCUAAUUCACUCACAGAUUAUACGAGAACUCCGAAUAAUGCAUGAGUGCGACUCGCCGUUUAUAAUUGACUUUUUUGGUGCCUUUAUCGAUCAGGGAGAUGUGGUGAUAUGUAUGGAGUAUGUGGAUUGUUCUUCCCUUGAUAAAAAUCUACGAAUGACGGGACCUUUCCCUGAAGUGAUUCUGAAACAGGUGGCCUGGUGUGUUCUUUCUGGUCUCAACUAUCUUUAUGAUCACCAUAGGAUAAUUCACAGAGACGUGAAACCGUCUAACGUCCUACUAGACUCCAAGGGUGGAAUGAAGCUGUGCGACUUUGGAGUCUCUCGAGAGCUGAUAAACUCCAUAGCAGAUACUUUUGUGGGAACUUCUACGUACAUGUCUCCAGAACGUAUCCAGGGUGGUGUGUACUCUGUGAAAGGUGAUGUGUGGUCCUUGGGACUCAUGUUGGUUGAAUUGGCAACAGGCAAGUUUCCCUUUGGAGACAACUCUAACAGAGCUCCUGACUCCAUUCUGGAUCUUCUCCAGAGAAUCGUGAACGAACAUCCCCCUAGUCUGAAACCAGAAGAUGGGUUUUCUGCAGAUCUUUGUGAUUUUGUCGAUAUGUGUCUCAAGCGUGAGAAAGAAAGAGGUGAUCCCCACAAAUUGAUGCUACACCCGUUCUUGCAAGGCUGCGAGACUCCUGAGUUCAAGAGCGAGGUUAAACGGUGGGCUAAGAACGUUCGGAGGGCCCAGAAGGGAAAAGCUAUAAAAUGA